GAAGCAAUUGUUGAUACAGGAUCCGCCAUCUCAAUUAUUCAUUCAAAUUUUCUUAAAACCAUCCAUCAUCAAAAUUUUUUACAUCAACCUCAACUAUGUCAAACUGCAAAUUCAACACCUCUUAAUAUUAUUGGUCAAAUAAAAUUAGAAAUCAAAAUUAAAUCUAUUAAAACUUAUGUUACUGCUUAUGUGGCUACAAACUUAAUUACAUCAAUUCUUUUAGGUAAUGAUUGGAUAAAUCCGAACCAUAUUCACCUUUAUGGUGACCAGACAAAAUUAACCAUUCCUGAUCAACGUGGUCAAUUAAUUUCAAUUCCAUAUGUGGAACCUACAUCUAUUAAUUAUCCGGCAUUAUUAGUCCAUCAAGUUACUCUUCCUCCAUACUCACAAAAAUUAGUUGAUAUAACAUGUCAAAUUAACGUUGCAAAUAAUCUUAUAUUUGAACCUUAUGAACGUCAUACAUCAAAAUUUAUUCUCACACCACAUACAUUAUUGAAUAUUAAUAAAAAUCAAGCCAAAAUAUUAUUAAUAAAUGCACAAGAUCGAUAUCAAACAUUAUCAAAAAAUACACGAAUUGGAACCCUCUCCCGUCACUCAACUUGUCCUAUAUAUGCUACAACACUGCCUGACAACAAACAUAAUUUUCUUUUAAAUGAAAAUCAUAGAUCUUUAUCUUGGCAAUCUCAACAAUUAAAAUCCAGAGCUGUUCCAUACGGAAAGAACAACUCGAAUCAAACAAAAUCAAAUACUUAUUGCCACCAUUGUAAUGAAUAUUUUUUAUCUGGAAAUGAUUUACAAAAACACUUACGAGAAAAAUGUUAUUCGGAACAGAUUCGACAACAAAUAAUCGAAUCGACUAAACAUAUAGAAAAUCGAAAACAUCAAUUAGCAAUUCAAGAUAUAUUAUGGCGAAAUAAAAUAUUAUUUGAUCCUACACCAUCGAUUAUUAAUAUACCUCCACAAUCUGCAAUUAAAACCGGUGAACAUCCGCCGAUUUAUUCAAAACAAUACUCAGCUUCACAUAAAGAUCAAGAAAUUAAAUUUCAAGAAACACAAAAAUUAUUAGAACGUGGUCAAAUAGAAGAAUCAACAUCUCCGUGGUCAUCACCUAUUGUUCUCGUUAAGAAAAAAGAUAAAACAAUGCGAUUUUGUAUUGAUUAUCGUCGAUUAAAUGCUAUUACAAUUAAAGAUGCAUUUCCACUUCCUCGAAUAGACGAAAUAUUUGAUCAAUUAUCCGAUGCAACAUAUUAUACAAAAUUUGAUUUCAAAUCUGGUUAUUUCCAGGUUCCUCUAUCUAAAGAGGACCGUCCGAAAACUGCUUUUUCAACCAGAGACAAUCAUUAUCAAUUUACAGUACUUCCUCAAGGUAUUACAAAUGGACCAGCAACUUUUCAACGUAUAAUUAACCAUAUAUUAGGUCCUACACGAUGGAAAUAUGCAUUAGCAUAUAUUGAUGAUAUAAUUAUAUAUUCAAAAACAUUCGAAGAACAUUUAUCACAUCUCAAUGAAAUUUGUCAAAUAUUAAAAAAUGCUCGAUUUCGUCUUAAUCCAGAAAAAUGUGAAAUAGCUCGAACUCAAACAGAUUAUCUUGGUCACAAUAUUAAAAAUGGUGAAAUUCGUCCAAGUGCAAACAAUAUCAAUGGUUUAUUAAAUACACGAUUACCACAAACUGCAGAUGAAGCUUGCAAAUUCGUCAAAGCAGCUGAAUAUUAUAGAAAAUUCAUACCAAAUUUUUCUCAAAUCGCCGAACCACUCAGAAAAUUUGUUCCAACUACAAAAACUCAACGAAAAAAAGGACAAAAAACUAUUAUUACAUUAACAAAUGAAGAAAUUAAAGCCUUCGAACAACUCAAAAAUUUUCUUACAACUGAUCUGGUAUUACGACUUCCAAAUAAUAGAUUCCCUUUCAAACUUCAAACUGAUGCAUCGGAUGAGGGAAUCGGUGCGGUACUAUUACAAAUUUAUCCAGAUGGCGAUAGACCGAUUGCAUAUCUUUCAAAGAAAUUUACACAAGCACAACGCAAAUGGUCUCCUAUGGAACAAGAAUGUUAUGCAUUUAUAUGUGCAUUAGAUAAAUGGCAUAAUUAUUUAAGUGGAAUUACAUUUCUUUGGGAAACUGAUCAUAAAGCAUUAACACAAUUAAAUAAAAAAGCACAAAUUAAUAAACGAUGUGAAAGAUGGAGAUUAAAAAUUUUAGAAUAUGAUUUCAAAGUGAAAUACAUUCCUGGUUUAACAAAUUCAAUGCCUGAUUAUUUAUCAAGGUCUCCAGUGGACGAUGCUGAAGAAGAUCCUGAUGAAACUACACAUCUUAGUUCAAAAUCAACACAAACCGAUAUUUCAAAUGUUAAUAAUUAUUCAUCUAUUGUUGCAGCUGUUGAAACUCGUGCUAUGAAAUUACGAAACAAAACUUUAAAUGAUAUUUCGGAUACAACAAAAUUAACAUCAGAUUCUCUAAAUACUUCUAUUGAAGAGAAUCGAACACCUCCAUUUACAAUUGAUGAAUUAAUACAAGCUCAACAAAAUGAUGAAUAUGCAAAGAAAAUUAUUAACAACAUUAAGAAUUAUAAAAAUUAUAUUAUGAAAAAUAAUCUAUUAAUGCGUCGACAAAAAACUCCAGUUCCUUAUGUACCACAAGGUGAUUUUCGAAAAACAAUUUUACAAAUUUAUCAUGAUACUGCGGCAAAUGGUGCUCAUUUUGGAAGAGAUAAAACAGUACAUAAAAUUAAACAACGUUAUUUUUGGCCAUCAAUGUACAAAGAUAUUAAUAAUUAUAUUAAAUCAUGUAUUCCAUGUGCACAAUUUAAUCCUCGUCGACAAAAAAAUCCUGGUACUUUAAGACCUAUUAAACCUCCUGAUGGAGUAUGGCAAUUAGUAUCAAUGGAUUUUCAUGGACCUAUUACUCCAACAUCACAACGUGGAAAUAAAUAUAUCAUAUCUCUUACUGAUGUGUUAUCAAAAUUCGUCGUUACAAAAGCUGUACGUGAUAACACAGCUCAAACAGCUGUUAGAUUUCUUAAAGAAGAUAUUAUUUCAAAAUUCGGUACUCCACGAUGUAUUCUUACUGAUAAUGGAACUCAUUUUACAUCAACACUAAUGAAUGAAUUAAUUAAACAAAUUGGAACAACACAUUUAUAUUCAACACCAUAUCAUCCUCAAACAAAUGGCCAAGUUGAAAGAUAUAAUUCAACUAUGGAUGCAAAAAUUGCAGCUUUAUCAAAUUUACGUAAAACCGAUUGGGAUGAUCAAUUACCAUUCGUUACAUUCAAUUACAAUGCUUCAAUUCAUUCGUCAACAAAACAAAUACCAUUCGAAAUGAUGUACGGUCGCUCACCUGUUUUACCAUUCGAUCAUCAAGAUACAAAUGUUACAUUAUCACAUGAUUCUGAACACGUAAAAAAGCUUCAACAAUUUUUAUCAAAUUUAAAUGAACAAGCUAAACUCAAUAUUAUAAAAAAUCAACAACGAUAUAAACAACGAUACGAUGUAAAUCGUUCUAAUCCAUCAUACAAUAUUGGUGAUUUAGUUCUGGUGAAAACACUCAACAUCCGUUACAAAUUUGAUAUUCGUUAUGAAGGACCAUUCAGAAUCAUUCAAACCAUUACACCCAAAACAUUUAUCGUUCAACACGUCAAAAAACCAACAUUAUAUCGUCAAGUGACAACCGACGUGUUAUUACCAAUAUUCGAACGAAUCUAUUAA